GUGUUGAUCAAGGGUUCUUCUUUGACAAAUGUCAACAGGUUGUUAUAAAUAGAAAAUAUAUUUUUACACUUAAUUUUCCCUCAAAUUUAAGGAGCACCCAAACAAUUAAAAAAGAAAGGUAGGAUUUCCUCGACAACAAAAAUGGCGGUUUUUUACACUCCCAUCGUCUCUCUUUGCUCCACCAGAUUGCUGGCUUCCAUGGCUCCCACGAAAAAGAAGACCGCAAAAUUCGCUUCCCUACCCUCCUCCGGCUGCUUUUUUCGUCCUUCUCUUUCAAAAACUCCAUGUUUCUUCCUUCUUAGAGCUACCCCACUUCAGAAAUACGUGUAUCCUGACCCGAUUCCAGAAUUUGCUGCUUACGAGACAAAGAAGUUUCGGGAAGAGCUCAAGAAGAAACUGUACAAGGAAAGGGAGACAUUUGGGGCUGAUCUUGAUAGAGUUCUUGACACCUGUACCGAGCUAUUCAGCGAGUUUCUUUUCAAAGAGUAUGGAGGACCAGGGACGUUAUUGGUGGAGCCAUUCACGGACAUGUUAAUCGAACUCAAGCAAAGGAAACUUCCGGGAGCAAACUUGGCAGCACGUGCAUCGCUAUUAUGGGCUCAAAAUUACCUCGAUCACGAGUGGGAAAUUUGGAACUCCAAAUCACACUAACACUCAUAGAAACCCUUUUCUUUACCCUUUUUUGGUAACUGAGGGUGUACCGGCCAGGUUGUGUACACCUUAACUAAUCCCGUGAGGCUCUACAGAUAACAGCCAAGAAAAUCCCCAUCGGCCCCAAGGCCUAGCCUUUAUUUACCUGCUUAGCUAGUACUCAAAAAAAUUUCUUUACAUAAAACACAAAAAGGAGGCAACUUUGAACUCCACACUAAUAUAUAUUUCUUCAAAAUUAAUACAUAUUUGCCGCAUAUUGCGGGUUAGUGUC